GAGCGACUACACACAUUUCAAUUUGUUUGUCUCUGUGUCAACCGAAGCUAAUCAGUCAGUUUCAACGGUUGGUACUGUCACACUCUGCCUAAAUGCGAAUAUUCAACAUUCACGUUUUUUGUGUGUGUGUGUUUUUGCUUGUAUUUGUGUUUAUAGCGAAAGAAAGACAGAAAAAAGCCAGUUCAAAUUUAUGGUCUUAUAAGUUUUGUAUGCCAUAAGUCUUGCAUUCGUUUAGCAAACAACAACGCGUUUUACAAAGUCUCCGACGGCAACAUCACAGUAGCAAAUCACACACAAACAAUAAGCGGAUAGACGGAACAGAAACACAUCGUCACAUAAACUAACUUGUUUGCCGCGCGUUUUACUUUCGUUCAGCACUUUGAAUUAAGCAGUUAUUAGUCGUUUACCAUUCGAAGCGAAUGUACACAAUUUCUAGUCGUCUCUCACAACCAACGGGCAACAUUUUUGUGUUUGUUCGAGUGUUUUUUCAUUAAAAGUUCUCAUUGAUUUGUGGAGUUUGUUAUUCCAAUAAAAAAUUGUGGGAUUUGGUGCUAAAAGCCAAUUAAAUUUUUACACACUUUGUUGAUUCCAGCAACAAAAGCGGCAAAUCGGAAUUUAAUUGAAUGUAUCUAAUACUCUGGACAAAUAUUCAACUAACCGGAACAUAUACACACAGUUAUUAUAUGUGCAGAUAAAUUGAUCUUUCGAUAAAAAAAAUAAUACAAUUUACGACGUUUGCACGGUUUAGUAAAUCGUGUGUGAGCGGCACAGAAGUUGUUAGCCUUCAAAAUAAAGAAACCGUUUGAAAAGAAAAACGUCACGUAGUCGAUUGCAGUUUGGAGCGAGAAGUAAAAGUGUUGGUUAGCGGCUAAAGUUGUGAAUAAAAUCGAAUAAAAACAAAACAAAUCGAAACCAAAACCGGUCACGUUCUGUGAGUGAAACGAACACAUAUCGAGUGACAAAAAUCGAUGAAUAUGAAUAGAUGCACAAUGAAUACAGUCAACGUCGUAAACAUUUUUAUCAUCGGGUUUUCACUGUUUGCAACAUGCUGGGCCAAUAACAACUUACAAACCAAAUACAAAUGGAAUUUGAUCGAUUUCAAGUAUGAAAAGGCAGAAGAGCGACAAGCCGCCAUUGAAAACCGUACAUUCAUUCCGGCCAAUGUGAUUCCAGUGGGCUUAGAUGUUUAUACUGAAAAGAAUAAACUAUUUUUGUCAUUGCCUCGCCUCAAAAAUGGUGUACCAGCAUCGCUUGCCUACAUCGAUCUACAGGAAUUGUCGGAUAACGAUUCACCCGCACUGAAACCAUAUCCAAGUUGGCAAUCUCAUCAAACAGUGAAUCCGACUGAUGUGCCAGACAUUGUGUCACCGUUUCACAUUAAGGUCGAUCGUUGCCAUCGUCUUUGGGCAGUUGAUACCGGUAUCGAGGGCUUGUUGAAUGGCAAUAAUUCGAAACGUUUGGCUCCAUCACGUAUCUUAAUCUUCGAUCUUCGUACCGAUGAUAUUAUUCGCAAGUACGCAUUGCCAGUGGAUUUGAACAAGUCCGUGUUUUCCAACAUUGCGAUUGAUGACGACGAUUGUGAGGAUACAUUCGCGUAUGUUGCCGAUGCAGGAACACCACCAAGCCUAACCGUGUAUUCGUACAAAACGAACGAUGCAUGGCAAGUGAAACACAACUACUUCAACAUUGAACCAACGGCCGGCGAAUUCUCCGUGCUCGGCGUCAAGUUCAGAACGAGCGAUGCAUUGUACGGAUUAGCUUUGACCGAGAAAAAGGAUAAUGGUUACCCCAAUUUGUAUUUUCAUGCUUUAACUUCCUACAAUGAAUUCAACGUUUCCACCGCCAUUUUGCGAAACAAAACCGCCACCGAAGUUCCAGAUUUUUACAGUCAAUUCAACGUUGUUGGACUACGUAACGCGGACGAACAAGCCGGUUCAACGGUUUAUGGAAAGUCACAAAAAGUUUUGUUCUACACUUUGCCGAACAAGAACGAAAUCGCAUGCUGGAAGACAAGCAAGAAUUACACCAUUUCCAAAGUGUACAAUAGUCCCGUCGAUAUGGUCUAUCCAAUUGCUAUUAAUAUCGAUAACAAGCAACGAAUUUGGGUUUUGUCCAACAACAUGCAACAAUUCCUUAAUGGGCAAUUAGACGCUCAUAACACCAACUUCUAUGUUCAUUCGGUUCCGAUAUCCGAAGCAAUUAAGAAUACACCCUGCGAGUCCGAUUUGAUCGAAAAAAUUGUCAACAAAUUCAAUCGCGGCGGUUCCGAUACAUCAAAACCAAUCGCAUUCUUAACAUUCAUUGCAUCGGCUAUGCUAGCCAUUAAACAGCUAUUUUAAGUCAAUUACAUCCUUACAACAGUAUAUUCAUCCAUGCACUCGAUGUUAAGUAACAAAAACCAUACACUCACACAACCCAAAAAAUUAUGAGCAUUCAAAUGACCAUUUUUAGAUUAAAUUACAAAAUAAUUGUGUGCUUAUAGGAAUUAAGCACAUUUUGAGUCACCAAACGUAAUAUACAUCAUUUAAUAUAUUUUAUUAUUGCUAGAAAGAUGUUCACAAACAGCGCAAUAAAAAACCUAUAUAAUUUCCAGUCGGUUGAAUGGUUCUGCUGUGCAAUCCAAAUUAGCUUCGUCGUCACAAUGUUCAUUUUUUUCUACGAACAAUUCACUAAGACCAAUUCCGUAACAGCAACAACACCACCACAAUAAUCUAUAUGUACUCACAAAUAUUUGCGAUCUAGUGUUUUUGAUAGCUAGUACAUGUGUUUAGAGGAAUAUGUAUACAGGCACACCGCUUAGUAAUGAUUGUAGGUGACAUUUAGCUUAUUCAAAGCCAUUCCGCAACCCUCUUUUCAGUCUUAUAGAAAAUAAAAGUCAAGUGAUGUAAACGAACUUGUAAUUAUUUUAUGGUUUUAUUCAGACGCAAUUGAAUUGUUGACCGGGCAGUCAAUGUGGCGUUCAAGUCUUGAUAUUAUACAUUUAAUGAAUGGGUUUCUUUCUAUUGAACGAAAAAGAAUUUGCACUUAUAUCUAUGUAUCAUUUGUUUGAAUUCCAUCUAUAGUUCCAUGCCCCUUCUCUCUGUGCAGUAUGAUUUUACGUAUAAACACAGAACGACAAAUAAAAUUGCGGACCAACGUGAAACAAAAUAUUUGUUUGGUAAUUUGUCACAUUUCAACGUUACGUUAUACGGAAGCACCACAGACGGCCUUGACGACCUAUCUUGAAACAAUAAUUUUUCUCCUUUUGGCGCACAUCAUAAACUCGAUUUGCAUCGUUUGAGACAAAGUGAAGUCAUACAUUUAUUCACUCAUCUUAUCUUUAGGCACACGAUUAGCAAGAAUGACGCAUUAUUUGAUUUGCUUAUUUUGUUUGAUUUACUGAUUUAAUUUCAAAAUUUCAUCAGAUGUCGAUGUCUAGUCUCGAAGAAUAUGUGUGGCAGGGGGUAUCAAAUGUUUAGCAUCACAAGUAAUCAACUCUCUAGUUGAUUUAAGAUAAGAAUUUUAUAACGGUGACAGAUGAAUAUUUGCUAGAAUUCUACGCUGUAUUUAAUUGGAUGGAUUUGUAGCCAUGCAUUAGUUGCGAAUAAACCGUUACCAUAACAUGCAAAA